AUGGCUAAAAAAUCCGAAGACACACAGGAGUGGCAGAUCGCCAGAGAAGGGAUUUCUCUACAUUUGAAUAAUAAAACAGAGGAAGCUGAAGCCCUGUUCAGCAAGUACCCUAACAGCUUUCACGUGAAGGCCGGCCGCUGCUUCGUUUUGUUCAUGAAUGCCUUAAUGACAUUCGAGGAUGACAAUCUCGAGCAAGCCAUGGAACUAUUGAAGGAUAUGGAAAGGGAGUGCGCGAGGGACAUAGGAUGGUUGAAGUCGAUGAAGAGCCAAGUAUUCAGAACGGAAGAAACAGGAUCGGACUACGUCAAUCGAUUGGAGAGACAAAUAGUCCUGGCGGACGCGAAAUUUUGCAGAGCGAUAUUAACAUUGCUGCAACAAGAGCUCACCGGUUACGUGCGCGGCGGUUGGACGUUACGUAAAGCAUGGAAGGUUUAUCAAUAUGCACACUCGCAGAUCUGGCAACUGUAUCAGCACACGUUCGGCCGAAAGUCCUCGGGUAUCCACACGAGAUGCAGUACACCUUCAUCCAUCGACUCCUCGUACUCCCUGCACAGUCUGCAGAGUCCAGGCUCGUCGGAACUGUCCAUAUCGUCUUGCAACGAGUCUGCGACCAACGUGACACCGAUUUCGUCGCCAUCAAGCCUGCGAAACUCUCUGUCGAUGCUCUUCUCGUUAACCGGCAUCACUUACGAGCAACAAACACCCUUCGUGGCGCCCACGGAGAUAUCCCGAUUAAUGUCCGCGGUGAACUUUGGUUAUGGGAUUUACCAGUUGUGUGUCAGUUUAUUGCCACACUCCCUUGUGAAAGUGAGCCACCUUCUGGGGUUCGAAGGUGACAGGGAGGCGAGCCUAGCCGCGCUGAAGAACGCUCGUCUUAGCGAGGACAUGCGGGCCCCACUUGCAACCUUGUCCUUACUUUGGUACCAUACGAUCGUACGUCCGUUUUUCGGUCUCGACGGGAAUAAUCUUCGAGCCGGCGUGAACGCCGCGAAACAGUUGUUAGCCGAGUGUCAUCCAGAGUUCAGUAAUUCGGCGCUCUUCCUGUUCUUCGCCGGUCGAAUCGAGAGACUCGAGUCAAAUGUGGCCGGCGCGCUCGAAGCCUACAAAAAAGCUGUCGAAGUGUCGAAUCAAAGAGAGGUGAAACUACUCUGUCUGCACGAAAUGGCCUGGUGUUACUUAAUCCGCUUUAGCUACGAUAAAGCUUAUCCAUCCCUGUCGCGACUGCGCUACGAAUCCAGGUGGUCGAAAAGUUUUUACGCUUACCUAGGAGCAGUUUGUUGCGGAGCGAUCGGCAACUUCGACGAUGUGACGACAACCUAUCAGAAGAUUCGAUACUUCGCCAAAGGGAGAAGUAGAGAAACGCAACUUGGCUUGUUCAUUCAGCACCGAGCCCCGAAGCUGGUGGACCAAGAAACCGGUCAGCCGUACACGGUCUUGUACUACAGACUGCUCGUGUACGAAUUAUUGUAUUUGUGGAACGCGAUGUUGUCCUGUACUUCGGAGUCGCUACGAAGAGUACUUCUAGAAUGCCAAGGCAAUCGAUCGGACGAACCAAUGGUCGGAUUAGCCGAUCUGAUCGAAGGAGCGGCUCACUCCUACUUGGGGGACAGGGAAGCCUCGAUUGAAAGUUACCGAAAUUGCCUGAGACGACGCAGUCCGUCCAACGAUACUUGUGAUCAACACAUUAGCGCGUUCGCCCUCUAUGAGCUUGGUAGCGCACUUUGCAUCACUAACAAUGUGGAGGAAGGAAGAACAGUUCUUUUAAGGGCCCUGAACGAAUACAAAGAUUACGACUUCGAGAGUCGACUCAGCGUACGGAUACGUAGCACUUUGAGACGAUUCAGUGAGGACGAAUGA